CCAACGCGUCUUCCCCUCUCUUUCGCUCUGAUAUCGCUUCUCUGUGCUCUGCUCUUUUACUGUCGUUCUCCCCCCUGCACUGGUCUGCACUUCAGAAACUACCAACACCCUCCGACUUUCUCAUUUCAGACACCAUGCGCGCCGCCGCCUUUGCCUGGCUCGCCCUCGUCGGUGCCGCCUUCGCCGGCCCGGCUGAUGUCAAAGCAAAGUCCAAGUGCACAAAGACUGUCAAAAGCACGACUACACUGACAUUGGUGGGCAAGACGGUGACUGUCACUGCGACAAAGAAUGCGAAAUUGACUACGACCGUUGGCGCGCCCGGAUUUACACCAGUCCAGAGUUCAUUGCCUGGUGCCAUCUAUCAAGGCAGCGGUGGUAGCGAUCCCGUUCAAAAGCGUGAUAUCCUCGACAGCGAAGGUCUGCUGGUCGCAGCGGAGGCGUUGUCGCCGCGUGAGGAGCAAGCUGCAAAAGCCGGCAGCUGCGUUACGUCGACUUCGACAAUCACCGCGUUGGUCACUGCUCCCCCGACGACGUCGACAACCACGAAGAAGCACUAUACCUCCACGACCACACUCUAUGCCGCCUGCGCCUCGAACAACCUCGUGGACUACUACAAUCCAACCCAACUGGUCUUUGUGAAUGGAGCGUCUCCCACCACGUCGCAACCAACAGGUGGAACAUUUGCCAAUGUUACUUCUGCAUACGACUGCUGUGUCGAAGCUCUCCUGGCCGGCCAGAACGGCGCCAUCUGGGGCUACUCGCCCUCGAACCACGGCUGUGCCUAUGUCAACUCCACCACUUGCUCCCAGUCUACGAACACCUUUUACUUGAUUACGGCCAACAGCGAGCAGAGUGAGCAAGCCGUCUUCGGCAAUCUGCCAUGUGGGGCUUUCAAUGCCGUGUCUUCGUCGUCGGUACCGCCAACGUCAGCGGCGACUCCAGCUGUACAGCGGCUUCGAAAGGAGGACUCAUUGUUGGGAGUGGCAUGAAUGCAGUCGAUGCAAUUGAUACGACCGAGAAUUGAGAUGAUGGUGGGCUU